CGCAACUACGCAUCCAAGUAGUUCGAACGUUCUCCUAAAUUCACUGUCAGCUUUUGAAUCGUUUCUUCGUGAAUCAUGUCUCGGCAGAAGUUUUCCAAGUGUCCUCCGAUUGCGGUGGACGAUGAAGUGUACGAAAUUCGGCAGUGUUUGUAUUCGGUUCCGGAGGAAUUCUUCGUGAAGGAGGAACCGGUCCGGGAUGAGCAGUGUCUUUCGGUGACUCUGAGUACGGUUUCGUCGGGUGGAGUUCCCGCGAUGCCGUCCUACACCCGGCUGGAGGAUCUGUUCGACUUGGGGGCCUUAUCACCGGAGGUCAUCGAUAAGCUGUGCUUCACCGAGAUGAUGCUGUUAAGCGCCGGCGGCGAAAGCGCAGAGGAAUCUGCACUGGUCGGUGGAUUAGCCAUCCAAGUGGAGUCUAUUGCUGACGAAGUGAUUGCCGUUUUUUGCAGCUCUCAGUUCUCGAUGGGCGAUGACAAGGCGGCCCGCUCGGAACUGUUGGCCUUGACCGAUAAGCAGCUGAGCCCGUUCCAGGAGCGCAAAUCGGAAACGGUGCAGAGUGGGGACUUCCUACAGGAGAAGCAACUGCAGCUGUACUUUGACGAGGACCAGAACGUAACGGCGGUACGGCAUGAAACGAUAGGAGAUAAAACCGAAACUUGUCACGGGGUCCUCGAAGGUCACCAGGAAGGCAUCCUGAUUCCAGACGGUCUAAACGUCCUCUUCAUGCGUUACCUCAUGGUAACUGACUUCACCGGAGAACUGCACACCCGGACUAUCGACAUCACGGGCCGUGUUGGUCACUCAAUCUACCAGAUCACCAACGCCAUACCGACGAAGGUCAACGGAGAUAUCCACGACAUCAAGCAGGUCAUCCGUACCAUCUACUACGAUGACACGGAAGAGCCCGAAGUGAGCGUCAGUCACUACUUCACCGAUGGUCACCUGCAAAGCCACACAUGGAACAACUCCAAGUACUACCUCACCAUAAACCGGGUCUCGGAAAUGUCCCUGGACAUGGAGGACAUGUGCACCACAAUGCAGGUUUACCUUGAGGAACUCGCCAGGCUGCUCGAGGGAACUCCCAAGGAAGUUACACCCGCCAGGUCAACCGACGUUAUCCGGGGAGUCCUCUCGGAAAUCAUGAACGCCGAAACUUCGUACGACAACCCGUUCCACGUGCACAAAGACCCUCCGCCACCAUGUCCGGACAGCAUGGAGCUGAAAACGAGUCCCGUUGGGCUGCCGGCUAGUGAUCCUCCGUGUUACCUGCCGCAACGGACGGGAAACUCGGACGUCCAUCCGCUGUCCAAGCCGAUGGGACCGAUCGGACCAUGGGCCACGGGUCGCGUCGACUGGGGCGCCCUGUCCGGCCAGACGGGCACACGUCCGGUUGUGGACCGCUACUCGAUCACUCGGUACAGCGUGGACGAGUGGCGCCAGCGAAACGCCGACACGAUCGACGCUUGCGCCAGCACAGUCACCAAGAGCGAGAAGAUCGAGCACGACAGCCGAAACACGAUCAUCCGGACGUAUGCCAUCACGGACAAGAACCAGGCCGACUGCACGCAGAGUUUGCACGGCCGGGCCAAAACCAUCGACGACAUGAAGAGCGAGCUGGAACGGGCCAUCAAGGCGAUGCAGGACGAGAUUAGCACGCUGGAGGAGCAACGGCGACGGUUGAAGCAGUCACUGGCGGUUCUGCGCAUGCCGGAGGCCAUCGCAACGGAGUGCCUUGAACGGCGUACCGGCCGUCCCGAUACCGAACUGAUCCGAGAUCGUCCCGAGGAGGAACUGAUCCGCGAGAUUGCGCUCAUUGCGGAAAUCAGGUCAAUUUUAUUGAAAACCCUGUCCGAAAUUGAAUCACAGCAGGUGCAGAAUCGUGCCGCCAGACAGCGCAUGGAGUUCGACUGGAGCGACAAGAAGAUGGCCCACGAGAACGACGCGAUCAACUGCAACCUGACGAACAAGUCCACGAUAACGUUGUUCCGUCCCGGGGCGACCCGGUGUCCUUCAGAGCAAUCAACGGAAAUCUACUGGGAAAAGUUUAGCAAGGAAACGCUGGCAAUGUGCGCCACCUGCCGGAUGCAAUCCCAUGCCCUCCGGAACACGCUGGAUGCCAUUCUGAUGAACGCUGCCCGUGACCUCCGCUCGCAAGCCGACAGCGUCGAGCGCGCCCUGGCCGAUAGAAUCUCCUGCAUGGAGGAAGUCCGCCAAAAGUUGGAAAUCGAUCUUCUUACGACCCUCCAACGUUUGGCCGACACGGAAAUCCAAAUCGACAAACUGAAGGUGGCCAUACGGAACAUGGACCACGCGAUGAAAGUUGUCCAGACCCGGCUGGACAAUCGCAACCAGAGACCAAGGGUGGAGAAUUGUCGCGAUCAGUCGCAGUUGCUGCUGAUUGCGGAGGUUAAAUCGAUCGAGGAGGGACUUUCGGCCAUGAACGCGCAACUUCGGCAGGAAGAGGAAGUCAAGAACGAGCUCAUGAAUCGCAGAGGUGAACUGGAGAAGGAAAUUAUGAUGAAACGGCGCACGAUUGCGAUCGAUCGAGAUCGGUGCCAGCUUUUGCGAAGCCAUUUCCCGUCGGCAACUGCACUGAGUGGAUAUUAGCAAGAUUGAGGUCAUUGCGGUAUUUAUUUUUCAAACGCAUUUACAAGAAGCAUUACUUCACAGA